CUUUUUUUCUCGCGAUCAAAACAAAAUUAAAAUUAGGGUUUUUACUUGAUUUAGGGUUUUCAUUCGAAAUCGAGUCAUGACAGGAAAGGCGAAGCCAAAGAAGCACACGGCCAAAGAAAUCGCCGCCAAAGUGGACGCGGCGUUGACAAACAGAGGCGGAGGCAAAGCCGGAAUCCUCGACAGAACCGGUAAAGAAAAAGGCGGCCACGCAAAAUACGAGUGUCCCCAUUGCAAAAUUACCGCUCCCGAUUUGAAAACUAUGGAGAUCCAUCACGAGGCUCGACACCCGAAGCUUCCUUAUGAAGAAGAUAAGCUUGUUAAUUUGCAUGUUGCUCUCGCCGCGGCGGCGGCCGAUACUUCUAAACCCCGUCCGGGGGUUCGAGGAAGCCUUAAGAAGUGAAAGGUCUGAUGCGGGUUUGAGGUUAAGUUGGUAACUUUGCCUUUUAUAUGGGGUUUAUUUUUUUUUUUACUUUGUUGUCUUUCAUGUUAUGUUGGUUUUUUUUCCAGUGUAAUGAUGAUGAUGAUUAUGAUUAUGAUUAAGAUGGUGGUUUGUAUAUUAGGUACUUUUUUAUUAUUAUUAUGAUAAUUAUGAUGUGGGCUAUCGCCUAUUAUGAAUAA